GUGGGGCCCGGGCCGAGCACCCCAAGGCUGGAGGCGCACGGGCGCGCGGGCGCAGAAGGCAACGUUUUGGAAGAGAACACGUGAUUGGAGGUUGUCUCGCUAUCCUUGUUAACGGACUCCCAUCUAAAACCUCAGAAAAACAACCAACGGUUUAUGCUUUGUCAAGGAAGGAAGAGGAAACCUAGUGGAGGCACGUGGCCGGAGCAGUGUGGGUGGAGGGAGCAAGUACAUCUGAUCAUUUCCUCUGAUUGAGAAGGUGAACCACUUAGUUCCUCAUGAUGUCUGAUGGGGACUAUGAUUACCUUAUCAAGUUUUUAGCACUGGGAGAUUCUGGAGUAGGAAAGACCAGUGUACUUUACCAGUACACAGACGGCAAAUUUAACUCCAAAUUUAUCACGACCGUGGGCAUUGAUUUCAGGGAAAAGAGAGUGGUAUACAGAGCCAAUGGGCCAGAUGGAGCUGGUGGAAGAGGCCAGAGAAUCCACUUGCAGUUGUGGGACACGGCAGGACAGGAGAGGUUUCGGAGCCUGACAACAGCGUUCUUCAGAGACGCUAUGGGAUUUCUUCUGCUUUUUGAUCUGACAAAUGAGCAAAGUUUCCUCAAUGUCAGGCACUGGAUAAGUCAGCUACAAAUGCAUGCCUACUGUGAAAACCCAGACAUAGUGUUAUGUGGAAAUAAAAGUGAUCUGGAAGACCAGAGGGUGAUAAAAGAAGAGGACGCCAGAGGACUUGCAGAGAAAUAUGGAAUUCCCUACUUUGAAACUAGUGCUGCCAGUGGGUCAAACAUAAGCGAAGCCAUUGAGACGCUCCUGGACCUGAUCAUGAAGCGAAUGGAGAGAUGUGUGGAUAAGUCGUGGAUUCCUGAAGGAGUGGUGCGAUCCAAUGGCCACAUGUCUACUGACCAGAUAAGUGAAGAAAAGGCCAAAGGGUCCUGUGGUUGUUGAAAAGUCCAGAGCUAUGCCGUAAUUUGGAUGGGCCCUACCAGUGAUCUCCUCUGGGGCCAAUGUAUGGCCAGAGAGAGAAGCUAAAGGACAUUGUGUACAAAUAGCUUCUCACCAUCCCAGUUUUGCUUACCCAGAGGCAGCGAGCUUUGCAAUUAAUUUAUCGAAGCUUUUGUUACUAUUUCUUUAAGAUUCUACCUACGUGUUAGACAGGGGUUUCACAUAGCCAAAAGUGCCUUUAUACAACUUGAGCCCAAGACAUAGAUCAUUCAAGGAUUUGGGAUUCCAUAGCCACUGAACAGUACCUUUAUUAGAUACAAUUGCUGAGAACAAGAUUACCUGACUUCAUGUAAACAUCCCAAGAAUCACACAUGCAGGUCUUAGGUAAAGUGAUAAAACUAUAUUUAUUGAAUCCAGAUUUUUUUUUUUAGUUUUUGUUUCUGAGUCACACUGAGUGGUCCUCAUGGGUUCCUCCAAGCUCAGUUCUUGGCGAUCUCUUCCCGUAGGGCUUAGGGAAGUCCGGCACCAGUGUUAGGGUCCCGCAUGCAACAUAUGUGCUCCACCCUGUGAACCUUCUCCCUUGAAAUCAAGUUUAAAGAUUCUUAUUUGUACUAUCAUUGAAAUAUCAUCUAUUUGAAACCAAUCGAAUGUCUCACAAGAAUAUAUACAUGCUGGUUCAACAUCCCCGAGUGUUGAUUUAAGUAAGGAUUCUUUCAGAAAUGAAGAGAUGACAAAUUAAUGCUCUAUGAAUAGAUCUUGGGUAGACUGGACUGAGCAACUAUAGUCCACUGUCUCUUUCUGGUGGGAGAGAGAUUGGUGGUGCGGGGGGCCAUGUUUGCUUACCGUAGUAUAAGAAGCUGAAGGAGGGUUUCUGCUCGUUGCUAAGUUCCCAAAGCUCUGAAGGGUAUUGAGGUUCAGAGAACUAGAUUUGUGGCUUCUAAUUCACUGUCACCAAUGUAUUCAUAUUUCACUAUGUCAGCCACAUCUGAAUAGAACUGGUACUUAUGCUGAAGUCUUUUUUGUGAUAAGUAAACCUUUAGCUUCUUUGUUCACAUCUGUGAUGUUUAUCUGGCAUCGGCCUGCAGUUUCACUUAAUUUUGUAAGCUACUAACUUUCUGUCUCACCAUUAGGCUUGUAUUGUUGUAUUUGAAAUACAACAACAAUAAUCUUGUAUUGUUGAUAUUUUAAAUCUGCUUUAUUUUAAGGAAAUUAAGUACAUAAAAUGUCUCUUUGCUACUUGGUGGAUUAUAGAUGCUUGUAUUUAAAUAAUUACAUGUAUACUGUAGCUAAGAAUCAGAAAAUGUGGUGUAUGACUUCCUUUUCAUUGGAACCAUAGCAUUUACUUAUGGGCCUAAGUUUUCAAUUUUAUUACAUUGUCAAAGCGCAUACCAAAUUAGAGUAGGUUUAAUAUAUGCUUUAUGAUUUAGUCAUUAUAAAAUGUUAAGGGGGAUAUUUCUAUUUAUUAAAAGUGAUGCAAAUAAAGUAGAUUAAAAUGUCCUAAGAAGAACUUAAUUGCUAUUUAGGAAGAAAUGCCACUCAUCAUAUUCAAAUAAAAAAAAUGAAGUGUUAUUUUGUGGUAGCAAAUGUUUGCCAGAACUAUAAUUAGAAAAAUAAAACUGUGUUGGGAAAUCAUUAUUCAUUGCUCUUACAUAUCAUUUUCAAAUGACUUUUUAUUGAAUGUUGUUAUUGUUAUUUUGCCUCAGGUCUUUUACCACUUGCAUAAAAAAAUUGAGGCUGCUAAGAGCUUCUGUGUCCUUGAAAUGAAUCAUGUCAAGUACCGAAAUGUCAUGUACCUUUGAAUUGUGAAUUCCAUUGAGGGGAAAAUUUAAGGGUAAGGCGGUAGUGUUUCCGCCACAGGGCCUUCCAAAGUUGCCCUCAGAUUUCAAUACAGCAAAUCAUAAUUUUCUAACUACACAUCAGGGAACAUUUUCUAUUUCCCGUCAAUUUGUGUGCUUAAAAGAAGUCAGUAGUUCUUUCAAGCAUAUGUGCAAUUUAAAUAUUGUGCGCAUUAAGAACCACAGUUUAAACAUACACAUUCUGUAACCCUUAAGCAUGUGAUUAAACAUGUACAUGAUAUAAUAGUACACACAAGAAAUGUCUUUAAUUAUUGACAUAAAUAACCUAUAUUCUCUUUGGAAAGAAUUUGUUUAAAUUUAAUAUAUAAGUGCCAUAUAUUUGUGCCUUGGUGUAUUUUUUUUUAUUUACACGCCUAUAUAAAAAUAAAGUGUA